AUGCAGUUCACCCAGAUCCUCCUCCUGGCCAUUGCGCCUUUCAUGGUCGCCGCCACCCCAGUCGACGCUGAGGGUGUCACUUCCGUCAACAGCUUCCCCCUCGAGGCCCGCGGCGGCAAGGACUUCUGCGGAAGUGAUCUGCGCUCUGCUGGCGGCGCUUGCACCUUCGGUGGUGGCGAGAACGACCCCCACGCUUGCGGUGUCAAGGACAGGCAGGUCGUCUUGUACUGCAAGGGCGGUAUCUGGACCAUCGACCACCGCUGCGCAGCUGGUCAGAUUUGCAGGUGCAACAAGGGUACUCCCAAGCGUGGCGACCUGGUUUGCAAGUCUGGUUAA